AAUUUACUGUGUAACUAUUGAAAACAAAUAUAUAUAUUUAUAUAUACAAUUUGCUCUUGAUCAUUGUCUCUGGCUGUACGUAGGCAAUGGCAAUCACUACAUUAGUCUCGGCAGUUUCAAGAAGGUUAGAAGGUAAAGUGGCUUUGAUUACAGGUGGAGCUAGUGGAAUAGGCCAAAAAACUGCCCAAGUCUUUGCCCACCAUGGAGCCAAACUAGUUAUAGCCGAUAUCCAAGACGAGCUAGGCCACUCUGUUUGCCAAUCUAUAGCGAGCGGCGCGGCCGGAAACGACGCCACUUACGUCCACUGCGACGUAACCGACGAAUCUCACGUCAAAGCCGCCGUAGAAAAAGCCAUCAAGUCCUAUGGAAAGCUAGACAUAAUGUUCAACAAUGCCGGCAUAGGUGACCCGAAAAAGUCUCGAAUUAUCGACAACGAGAAGGGCGAUUUUGAGCGCGUGUUGCGCGUGAAUGUGACAGGGGUUUUCCUUGGUAUAAAACACGCUUCCCAAGCUAUGAUCUCGGCUAAAGGAGGCAGCGGCGGUAGCAUCAUAUCAACAGCUAGUGUUGCCUCGUGCAUGGGAGGCUUAGUCUCCCACGCGUACACGUGCUCCAAGCACGCCGUGCUUGGGCUGACGAGAAAUGCUGCUGUUGAGUUGGGACAGUUUGGAAUAAGGGUCAACUGUGUGUCGCCUUAUGGGUUGGCGACGCCGAUUUCUCAGAUCUUCCAUGGGCUUAGUGUGGAGGAGCUUGAAGGCCUGUACGGAUCUAUGGCGAACUUAAAGAAUGUGACGUUUAAGGAAGAUGAUAUUGCUAAUGCUGCUCUUUUUUUGGCGAGUGAGGAGGGACGGUACGUCAGUGGACAUAACCUAGUUGUUGAUGGAGGUUUCACCAUUGCUAAUUCUUCUUUUCCAAUGUUUCAGUACCCUGAAAUUAAUCAUGCUUGAUUAAUAAUUAGUUUCCAUUAAUCCAAAGAAAAUAUAAUUAAUAAAAAGAGUACGUACGUUGUUAUUUUUAAUUGAUUAUUACGGUGAAAUCCUCAACAAGUUUGUCACUUUGAGUUUUAGUGUUGUUGUUUUUGUUGAGAUCGAUACACCAGUUUAUAUAUGAUAAAAUCUGAACUUCUUAAUAGUCC